AUGCCACAAACGCCAAAGUGGGGUAGAAGAAAAGAACAACAUUCAGGCAGGUCAGACCAUGAUCUUAAUAGUCGCAAACCUUCACAGUUGCUACAAUAUAUACUGCAACACCUAGAAAGAGACAUUAAAGAAAUAUUCCUCAAGCGAUUAGCAUCCAAUAUUCGACCAGUUUUAGCAGCCCAUAAAAAUAAUAUUACUGUAGAAGAACUAGCUGAGCUAGACGACAAUAUAAUUGAACUGUCGGACGACAAGAAAAUUAAUGCCAUUCAGAAAGUAGAAGAUCAUAGCAAAAAAUUACAAACUGUUGUGAGGAGACUUCCAAAAUUGAAAUAUUAUGGAAAGCGACAACAUGGUUACUUAUAUUAUGUGUGGCCAUAUUUUCAUCUUUUAGAUUUUGGCUAG